UCGCAAGCCUCCAGUGCACAUCAUCAAAGCAGCGGACGAUACACAUGCACCCAGAUAUGCAACACCGAGCCUGCCCACCAUGGUCGAGAUAGCCGAGUCAUCGUCGCCCGUACCGUCCCUGGUCUUCGCUAUUGUCACGCUGCUCUGCAUAUCGGUCGUCGUUGUCUUGAUUCUCCGAUACUACCUUCCCCUCCGAACAACACCCGCCUACCUCCUGGUGCCCGUCUUCUUUGCGCUAUGUCUUCCUGCGAGCAUGGUUCUUCUGGUGCCAAUAGACUUGGCGUCCAGCGCCAUGGUUGACGAUAUUGAUGCGCAGGGGAUAUGGCUGCAGCAGCGGACACUGAGAGUUUCGUGGCGGAUAACAUACUGGCUUACCUUUGCUCUGACUUGGUUCAUUCUCCCUAUCCUUGCCGAAUAUUCCGACUCCGGAUACCGGGAACCAAAAGACAAGCUCGUCGACUCUCUGCGCGCCAACGCCCAAUACUACGCCAUCGUCUUCGGAUCCGGAGCCCUUGGGUUGAUAUACGUCCUGGCGUCUUACGGGCACUUCUCCGAGUCGCUCAAGAGCACCGUCAUGGCUCUCGCAUACUGCUGGGGCUUGGUGCUGGCAAUCUACUUGAUGGGUCACGGUCUCGUUUCCAUCCCCCGCCGCCUGUUCCGCAAGGCCAACAUCAGCGGCAGGCUCCGCCGCAUUCAGACGCAGGCGCCCAAGGUUUACGAGAAGAUGGACGACGCUGAGAUGGAUCUCGAGGACCUCGAGAUGCAGGUGGCCGAGCUUAGUCGUCGCAAGGGCGGCAGCGCCAGUCUUUUCCAGGACUGGAUCGAGGAGUUAGUCGACCUGACCGACCUUCCGGAGUCCCAAACAGGCCGGACAAGUGUUGUGAGGGGCUCAGGAAACCAAAGUCCGCUCCCGAACGUCAUCACCGAGAAAUACCUGGCCGAGCUUACCAGGCGCCUAAUCCGGGCGAGGCACGCUCGGUCAAGGUACGUCAACGAGUGGAAUCGUUUGCUGGAGGAUGCCGUCAGAACACAGGCGAUUCUGGACUCGGCCGCCUCCAAGAAGCUCGACUUUGGAAAGGUCUCUCCUAACGCCGGCUUUUGGGACCGACCCCCUCUGCUCACGCCCUACACACGCUUCCUGUUACAUUACUACUUGAUUCCUUACCUCCACGCUGCUCUGGGCGCCGUCCUCUCCAUAGCCUCCAUCUGUAUCGUCUGGUCCGAACUCGUCAAGGGCCUUUUCCCCCAGCUCUCCGUCAUCCGCUAUAGCGUGAUCCACCACCAUGUCGGCGGCAACGGCCAAGUAGGCUUCGCCGGCCAGAUGAUCGCCGCGAUCUGGAUGGUCUACAUGUGUGCCGCCGCCCUCGUCUCGAUCACCGAAGUCAAGGUCUGGCGCGGCCGCGCCCUGGUGCGCCGCAAUACCGCACACGAGUCCGCAUUUUGGUACGCCAGCCAAGUCGCCCGGCUCAGCGUGCCCCUCACCUACAACUUCAUGACCUUCCUGGGCAGUAUCUACCGCGACACAGUGUUCUAUGGCUUCCUUGGCCAGCUGAUCAACCUCACCCCGCUGGGCAAGUGGUUCGACUACCUCUUCCCGGCCUUCAUCCUCAUCCCCGUCUUCGCCACCCUGUUCGGUCUCUACGGCAAGGCCAAGCGCGCCUUUGGCUUUGACGUCGCCGUCCUAGACGACGGUGACGACGGGGACACCGACGAACGUGGUGCCGCGUUUGGCACCGGCUCGUGGCGCGAAGGCCGCGACCUCAUCGAGCGCGAACUCAACGGCACCUCGGCCGCCAUCCGCGCGCGCCGCGCGGACGUCGCUGGCGGCGGCGGCGGCGAUGCUCGAUCAGCGCCCGUCCUGUCCAUCCCCCGCGCCGGCCGCCGGGAUGGUACUAGUAGCGCCGUCGGUGGGCCGACCACGCCCUUUGGGACAUCCCCGACUGCGGGCAGCGCUGGGCCGGUAUCAUCCGGUCGGCCGCAGGCUAACACGUCGGCGAGGAGGGUCGGUCGGGCCGCGGCGGCCGCGCUGGACGAGCCGGAGGACGAGAAUUUUUUCGAGGCGUUGGGUCACCGGUUUAAAAACACCAUUGAUACCAUGGACACGCCCAAGUGGCUACAGGAUAUUGGGCAGGGUAUCAAGAAGCCCAAAUGGAUGGGCGGGGGUGGCGGGGGUCAGGGGGCCAGCAGCACGGGUGGGAAUGCCGACAUCAGGAGGUGGUUUGGUGGUGAAGGGAGGAUCCGGCUGUAAUGUUGUAAUGCUGUAAUGCUGUCCUUUCUUUGUCGGCUUUGGUUUACCAUGCAUUGGUGGGUUUGGUGUUGUUGGUAUGGUGGUUUAUUGGGUUCAUUGGGGCAUCGCUGGGCGUUCACAAGACCACAAUUGGUGUACCAUUGGGAUAGGAGCUCCCUUAGUUUCGAGCUUGGCGGAUGGACAUUCAUUGUUGCUGAUAGAGCUUGGGCAAGAAUCUUCUAAUGCUGACUGGGCAGACUGGAAAGGUCUGGAUCCAUUGUCUUUUUGUUAACAGAAC